CCAGCAACAGUUAAUUCAUUUGGCUAACAUGACACAUACUCAAUCUGUUAUUAACCAGCAAUCGUGUCUUCCAAUUCAGUCUCAUAUUAUUAAUGGUCCUAUUACUAAUCAGUUGACCAACAUGGAACUUAAGCCCAGAUACAUUACAACUUUAAUAUCAGCUCUUCAACAAAACCCUACAAUUUACUCACUCGAUCUAACUUAUUUAUUGCACAAUGAAAUCGAGUUCAAAAACCUCGUUCAAAUGUUGACCACCCUUAAUCUUAGUUUUUGCACUCUUGGAUCAAAUAUUGCAACCCAAAAAAUUGCUGACUCUCUACAUAAAAACCAUAUCUUAAAACACCUCGCUCUACAUAACAGUUUUAUCACCUACAGUAGUGGCAACACAAUUUUAAAUGCCCUAUGCGAAAAUUCCUCCCUCAUACAUUUAAAUCUCUCUACUAACAAACUCAAUGACCAAAAUUGCGCCACGCUAGCAAAAAUGCUUCGAAAAAACACCACCCUUAUUUCUCUAGAUCUAAACUACAACCAAUUAGGUAGGAACAGAUCCUUUGUUGCCAACUCACUUGGCAAAAACAAAAGCUUGGAAUUUCUAGGCCUUUGCCAAAAUAGCUUUUCACCUACCAUCGUCGAAUCAUUUUUAGAGAAUCGCAAUUUAAAUACUACUCUAAUCCAAUUAGAUCUUUCACGCAUCCUUGACGAUAACCAAAUUGUCAAAAUCAAAAAGGAAGAAAAAUACUUACCAAUUCUCACCCAAAUUCUCUUUAAAGAUUAUAGUUUAUAA